AUGGAGGAGAGCUCGCUAUUGGGUCCCAGCGCCGUGGGCGUGCGGCACCUGGGUCUGUGGGCGGCGCCGGGGGACACAGGGCCCCCUGGGGGGUCGCUGCGGCUGGCGCUGGUAGUGGCCGCGCACCUCGCCCUCUUCUCCACCUCCACCGCCAACCUCAUCAUGGACACGCCGGACGACCUGGAGGUGCUCACCAUCAACGCCUUCGCCUGCAUGACCACACUCGGGAUGAUCGUCAAGGUGGUGUCGUACGUGGUGGACCGCGGCAGCUUCAACGCUCUACUGGUGCGGCUGGCGGCCGCUCGCCGCGCACACGCAGACCCCGGCGGCCGCAACGCCGCCACGCGCGACCGCAGGCUCGCCUUCGGCACCGCGCUCUACAGGUUCACACAGCUGUUGCAGGAUGAAAUUCAGUUUGACAAGACUUUCAAGAUGAUGUGUGCGUUUGCAAUCUACACGUACCAGACUGGGCUCUUCUGCUUAAUUGGACAGACCAUAAUCGACCAGAGUGAACGGCUGGUGAAUUCGGCGUUCAGCUGCGCCUGGCCGGACGCCGAUGCUCGCUUCAAGCGGUCGCUGUCCGUGUUCAUGGUGAGGUCGGCUCGCCUGCUCGAGAUAAGGGUCGGCAAGAUGUACACUCUCUCCAGGGAGACCUUCUUGCAGAUUCUAAAUGGAUCCUACAGAUUAUUUAAUUUACUGUAUCAGACCAAUCUAGAAAAUUAAGAAAUCGUCCUCUGAAAUGUGGAUAACUGUCUCAUAUUAUUUCAGAGACCAGCACGUUUUAUGAGUUUCACCAAGCUCUUAACACAAAAUAGUCUAAAGCUUUGAUGUAGAAAAGUACAACCACAGCUUUUUGAGCGUAGUAGACAAAUGUUUGGCAAAAUUAAAGAGCAUCAGUUUAGUUGCUCCAGUCUGGUUGUAAAGUCUCUUGUGUCUCUGCUAUUGCAAUCAUUGUGUCUCUAUAACCAAAAUACUUUUUUCAGUUAACAUUAUAUGUACAGUUGAUGUAUACAAUAUAUUACUACACUGGACCUCUGUACAUCACUUAAUUGCAAAUG